AUGCCCGAUACAAACUCGACCGAGCUGGUUAUGCUACCUUUUGAAAAUUUUAUGGGCUCGACCGGUCUGUUCUUCCGUAUAUUAGGGCCUGGCAUCAUCUUGAAAGCUCCCGUUAAGAUGGGAUUUGAUCAGAUUAUUUCUGGGCCGUACACCGAGUUCCCGACCGGAUUACUCUUUGCAGAGGCUAGCCACGGAAGCCUUCAGAACUUCUUAUAUGAGCAUACCAGCGAAAUUACACCCAGUCUUCGCCAAAAAUGGUUUGUCCAGGCGAUUGAAUCCAUUGAGUUCAUCCACAGCAAGGGGGUUGUGCAUAGCGAUCUAAGACCCGACAACUUUUUAGUUGAUUGCUCGUUGUCUCAAUCACUCGACUUACGCCUCUGCGACUUUGGCGGAUCAACUUGUGAAGACCUCCAGCUUUCUGGCGGAACACUUCCCGAUUCUGGGUUUCAUAAUCCGAAUGAUGCUUGGGAGCCAACUUAUGUCGCUGAUAUUUUCAGCCUCGGUUCUGUUUUGUAUACAAUCAUGACGGGUCAUUGGCCAUUUCGUCCGACUACUGGCGAGUGGACUUCUACCGAGGAGAUGAUGGAAUAUAAUGCAAAAGUAGAUCGUUGCUUUGCUGAUGGCAUCUUCCCUGAAGUUGAGGGACUUUUUGGGGGAGAAAUUAUCAUGGGGUGCUGGACAAACAAGCUCUCUACCGCUGCAGAAAUUAUGGCAAAAGUUUCUCAACUUGUAAUUAAAAACUAG